AUGGACGUGUUGGCUAUUCCUGGGGCACCGAAGUCAUGGAUGGCACAUCCAAAGGAGUAUACUGGACUGACCGAUAUUAUGUACGCCUAUGCGUCGCAACUCUGGAGUCCAGAUGCUCUUGAUAAACCAGUCUCCUCUUCCCAAGAUUGGUAUUCUAUCCUUUACCCUUCCACAUCAAAUUCUCGCUCAGACUUCCACCUGCUGCAUCACCCUUCCCCAACAAUCGACGCACAACAUCCUCGAGAAUCUGCCCCAGUCAUGAUGAAUCAAAAUCGCCUGCCAGGACCUCCCAUGCCUCUUAUGGAGGACGGCGGGCGCUUUACACCCCUCCGAGCGGAAGAUCCACGCCUGACUGGCUAUUCACAGAGCGUGUCUCCAUCCACAACGCGUCUUGACCUCAACAGCACUCUUUCAAGCAACGGAAGCACUUACUGUGACUCUGACAUCGAGUCGCUUGAUCAUUUUGAUGAGCCUAUCAGUGCUUGCACAAUGGAAACACACGCUGGCCUAGUUCACCCAACACCACGCAGCAACAUGCUCACGUUGCCUAGCAACUCCUUCCUUUCAAGCACUGAGGAGACAUCGUCUCAUUCAUUCUCUGGAGUAUCAAACCUUCCACGGGAUGAACAAUCAUUGUCCAACUCUCAGUUCGGUGUGGCAAAUCCAAACAUCGCCAAUUACCCUAUGGGCAUACCUUUCAAUCCUCACCCGCAAAACACACAUCUCGCACCAUCAAUCAUUCCUCAAGACGCAAAGGCCGUGAAUUAUGAGGAGCAUAUCUCAUGGCCUGUCUGCCAACCAUCCAAUACGACUGAUAUCUGGUUUCCUACCCGUGAUCUCAACGGUUCAUCAGAGGACAGUGGCUGGCACGCCCACAACGCAUGCAGUGCGCCCUGGCCUCACAACAAUGCAUAUGCUUGUCCCACGGAAUGCAAUCAACCUGCAAGCCACGUCUAUGGGAUGAGCAGUGGACCACCCAUGCCAUCUUUUGGCCAUGCACCUGUCCCUUUGGUCUCAUCUGCACCUAUCAGCCACCAGCCCUAUAUGCCAACUUAUGCACCCUAUGUAUCCACCUUUGAGGCUCCUCCUCGGUAUCACCCCACGCCACAGCCAACAUACCCUCCAAGCUCGCAGCCGGUUUCGCCAAACACAGGAUCUGGAUCCCCAGGCCAUAGAACAGCCAAUAUUCUCGGUUCCCCCUCUUCUGUCUCAACCAACGAGGACCGAUCCUCACAACAGAGCGGAGAAGAACAAAGUGGCAUUGAAACCAGUCUACACUAUAGCGACGAGCGAAACAAAUUCCUGAUUGAUUGCAAGCGUCGCGGGCUAUCAUACAAAGACAUCAAGCGUGUUGGUGGAUUCAAGGAGGCGGAGUCUACACUGCGAGGUCGAUACCGCACUCUUACCAAGUCUAAGGAGCAGCGAGUGCGAAAGCCCAAAUGGCAGGAUAAGGAUAUCCAACUGCUUUGCCAAGCCGUCUGCAUUCACGCCGAAACACACGGCGCCUACCACUCGAUGACCAGUAUGAACAUUCACAUGAAUGAGCCACCGAAGGUAUCCUGGAAGACGGUUGCUGAACAUAUCUGGGAUAAUGGGGGGUCUUACCAUUUUGGUAAUGCCACAUGCAAGAAGAAGUGGUGCGAGAUCAACAACAUCACCGUUUGA